AUGAGUCUAGUGCAAUCUGCUGAACGAGCAGAGUAUCUGAAUCUCAACACGGAGCAGCUGAAGCAAUUGCAUGAGCAGUCCACGCGGUUUCUGGCCGGCCGACACUACAACCUGUCUGAUGACGACCGAUAUGCCCUCUUUGAACAGCACUUUUAUCUCGCUCUGCUGGUCGGUGACUCCAGAGAGGCCGAAAUAACAUACCAGAAGCUGGCCGACCGGUUCGGCGAAGACACGGGCCGAAUCGGCAAGCUCAAGUCGAUGCUGAUUGACAGACAAUUGGGCCCCAAGGAUGCUCUGAUGUACCUCCAGGGACGUCCCGAAAGCGAUCUGCCGUGCUGGAAGGCCCGAAUCGCUCUUCUCAGAGACACAGGAGUGGCUGAUCUGUACAUUUCCGAGCUGGUCAAGUACCUGGAGGUGGUGCCUACCGAUCCAGAGGCGUGGUCUGAGCUCGCCGAGGCCUAUGCUGCCUGUGAGAAGUGGGGAGACGCCAUUUCGGCCGUGGAGGAGGUGCUUCUGUGUGCUCCUCUCGCAUACAAUAUGUUUGCGCGCCUGGGAGAGCUGUAUCUUGCAGCAGGGGAUGCUGGAGAGGCAAUUUCGCACUUUUGCCGAGCGGUGGAACUGUGUCCUGUCUACAUUCGGGCAUGGUGUGGUAUUCUUGUGGCCAUCAGCAAGCACAAGAAGGGCAACGACAAGCUCAAGGCUGUAGCCACUAAGCAGCUGGAGAAGCUGAUUAAGGAGAAGAAGGGCAGCGAGGGAGAUAUUGCUGCCGCCAAGCUCAUUUUGGCGUAA